AUGCUUGAUUAAGCACUAUAAUUUUCUUAUUUCAAGGAACCUCCAUCAAAAUUCCUUGAAAUUUUACAGCAACCUCUUAAUGGAAUCAAAUUAAAGCCAAAUUACUUCUAUAAAGAGUACGAAAAUUCUCCUAAUAAAUUCAAAAGAUUGAGGAUUUCAACUUAACAUGAAGGCACUGUUAAUAAUAUUGUUAUUGACUUAAAUAUUCCAAGUCCAAACUUCAGAGUAUAACAUAAAAUGGAUUACCUUGACAAUAAUAUCACAAUUCAUUCUCAAAUCACUAGUUAAAAAACUACACCUAAAUCAUCACGAUCAAAUAGUCCGUUAAAGAAAUUAUAUUUAGGCUCUAGCCUAGUAGCUAAAAGAAAAUUAAAUGGUUAUGUAAAACACAAAAAAUCACCUGAUCCUUAUGAAAUAUGUAGACAAAUGACAAAGAAAAUAUAAUAUAAGAAAACUGAAACUUUGACUAUUGCCUCUUAAACUCUCUAUCUUUUAUCAAAAUAUGGUACUUGA